GCCACGUUUUCUCGUUAUUUAAAUCCUAACCGACACGCUUUCCUUCUUUCCUUCAAUCCUAAGCUUCACCUCUUUUAAAGCCUCUGUUCCCUCAAAAAUGCAAAACCCCGAAACUCUUAAACCAGUAAAUUGAAAAAAAAAAAUGUCAUCAUCUCCAAAAUCUCUCUACCCAAAAGUCGAUCUCUCAAACCCAGAAGCCAUUUCUGCAACUUCCGCUUCAGCUUCAUCGUCUUCUUCUCUAUACCCUUCUAUUGACACGAAAGACUUAGCAGAGAAUCUCUUUCCUGAAGAAGACGAAGCCGUCAUCUAUUCACAUCCAACAAGCUCACAACCUUAUGAACAAACUCUAAUUACAAUCCCCGGCGCCAUAGUUCAUCUAAUUGAAAGAGACCGGAGUGUACAACUCGCUUGUGGCGAUCUCUCCAUUAUCAGUCUAAAACAAGAUGAUACAGUCAUUGCAGUUCUUGUUCGUGUAGGUGAAGAUGAUAUUCAAUGGCCUUUAGCAAAAGAUGAAGCGGCUGUUAAGCUUGACGAGUCCCAUUACUUCUUUACUCUUCGGGUACCUGGAAAUGAAGAAGAAGAAGGGAUAAAUGGAGAUGUGGAGUUGUUGAAUUAUGGAGUGACAAUUGCGUCGAAAGGGCAAGAGGCUUUAUUGAAGGAAUUCGAUAAGAUAUUAGAGAUUUAUAGUUCUUUUACGGUGCAAGAAUUGAAGGGGAGAGGGAUCAAUUGGGAGGUGUUGGAUGGGAAUACGGCGAAAGGCAUUUCGCCUGAGGAGUUAAAGUCUGAGGAGAAAAAGGAGUUGAUGGAGGAGAGUUCUGCAGCGUAUUGGACUGUAUUGGCUCCAAAUGUGGAGGAUUAUAGCGGGUCUGUUGCUAGAAUGAUUGCAGCUGGGUCAGGGCAACUGAUUAAAGGGAUAUUAUGGUGUGGAGAUGUUACUGUUGAUAGGUUAAAAUGGGGAAAUGAAUUUUUCAAGAAAACAGUGGAGAAGAAAUCAGAUAUGGAGAUUAGCCCAGCAACUUUGAGGAGAAUAAAAAGGGUCAAGAGGUUGACAAAAAUAUCUGAGAAGGUGGCAGUCGGAAUUCUUUCUGGGGUUGUGAAAGUUUCAGGAAUUUUCACCGGUACAAUUGUGAAUUCUAAAGCGGGCAAGAAAUUUUUUAGCUUGUUGCCUGGAGAAAUUGUGCUUGCUUCAUUGGAUGGAUUUAACAAGGUGUGUGAUGCUGUUGAGGUUGCAGGAAGGAAUGUCAUGUCAACAUCAUCAGUUGUUACAACAGAGCUUGUCUCACAGAGGUAUGGAGAACAAGCAGCAAAGGCGACAAAUGAGGGGCUUGAUGCUGCGGGACAUGCCAUUGGCACUGCUUGGGCAGUUUUCAAGAUAAGAAAGGCUCUUAACCCAAAGAGUGUCUUCAAACCUACAAAACUUGCUAAGGCUGCUGCGGAAGCAACUUCUGCUGAAAUGAAGGCUAAAUACAAGAAAUAACGGCAGCUAGUUUUCGGGUUGAUUUUUGUAACAUUUGGUGGCUAUGGAAAAGGAUAGCAAAUUCUACAACAUAUAAAUCUUAUUUAUUUAAUUUUGUAUAGACUUGUAUCUUUGUAGUAUGCUAAGAAUGUGAACUGGUCAUUGUAUUUGUUGAAUUAUUAUCAUUUAUUUUUACCGAAUGGUUUAACUGAA